CCGAGUAGGUCACGGAUAUUUUGAUUUGCCUGGUGUACACAUUUACGCCUCCACGAAGCAUGGAGUACGUGUGUUGACGGAAGGUCUGCGUAAGGAACUUGUGGCGGCCAAAAGUCGAAUUCGUGUGACGGAGGUUAGCCCAGGAGCAGUGCAAACCGAAAUCAUCGACAACCUGCCGUCAGUUAAAGAGGGAAUGGCAGCGUCUCUGGGAAAAGACAUUUCCGACUUCUGGACGAUGCCGCACCUUAAGGCCGAAGAUGUCGCAGAUGCGGUCGCAUAUGCAGUGGCUACGCCCCCUCACGUGCAGAUUCACGAAAUUAUCUUGAGUUGCGUUGGAGAACCAUUUUAGACAGAAAAAACAAUUCAAACUUUUUGCAAAGGAUUGGAUUUAAUCAUGAGUAUAUUAUUUAAGUAUAAAAGCUGUGUGUAACUUAUAUAUAUUGAAAAUUUAAUAAUUUUUGAACCCCGUUAUAUUGUGUUUACAUAAUAAAAUACUUUACCUUACAAUAUAUUGUUACUUGUGAAACUCA